UCUGAAUUUCCACUCACUGCUCGCGCAAUCGUCGAGCCAUCAACUUCUCCUCUUUUAAUUAAUCAUAAAAAAUCGUUCCAAUUUGGGCCUAAGCAAAAUCAAAACAAUUUUUUUUCUCCACUAAUAUACAAAUAACUAACCAGCGCUCAUUAAAAGUUUACGCCGGGGCUUUUUUUCGGUGAAUCUCUUCCUUCAGGAUGGAGAAGGACCAACCGGAUUCUCUGGCGACUGUCGCGGUGGGAUCCGAAAAAAUUUCACCUACAAGCCAUUAUGCGCCGAGUGAAGUUUAUUCCACCACUGAACCACCUCCGGCUUACAUGAGGCCUGGUAAGACAACAGCAGUCCAGAUUGCAAGGAUUGCAGCUCUAACAUUAAUUACGAUGACGGUGCUCCUGGGAAGCUUCAUCCUUGCAGCAUCCUGGAUUGAGGCUCGAGCAUCAUGCAAGCCAGAGUCCAUAGCAGCAAUGCAGGCCAGAUUACACAUGCAAAAAUUGCAUGAAAACAAUUACAAUUCUCAAUCUCAGGGAGAGUUCCUCAAGCACCUUCAGCCAGCAGCGCUUGUCCAGGAAGCCAUUGACCCGAAAAAUAAUCUGCAGAGCCUUUCGGAAUCGAAGGUAUCUGUCAAGGAAGUUCAGCCUGAAGAGAAGGAAGUGAGGGCUCAGAGGCAAAAUGAACAUUCGAAAAAGGAUAAUGAUAAUGGAGAUCGUGAUGAGGAGGAGGAUUACGAAGAUGAAGAGUUCCCACCAGUUCAUAUCAAACUUCCUCUACAGCUCAAUCUCGAUGAUAUUGCAGGAAGUUUGAUUCAACAAUCGCGCAGCAGAGUUUCCUGCGUGGUUGAACGUCGCAAGACCGAUGAUGGAACUGAUGGAUCGGAAAAUUCUCUUGAAACAAAAAAUAAUCGUGGAGAACGCGUCUCCAUCCUCUGUGAAGCCGGAAACCCAAAUCAGGAACAGCAGGAACAGGAAAUGAUGACUCCAAUCAUCGUUCCCUUAGGAACUGUUCAGAUUCCUGUUCAACAAGAUCAAACUCCUGCUUACCAUCAGUACCAACUUCACACCCACUUCCAAGUUCCCGAUAUGCAACAAUUGCCCCUGAGCGAUCCGCGUGGUUUGAACCAUAUUCCAGCUGGAAUUUUGCCACCCGAAUUACGUAAUAUUCCCCAAAUUCACAUGGAAAUGAAACCACCACGUAUGGCUUCCCAACACCAAUCAAUGGGUCAGCAAGUUCCCAUCAUGCAACAAAUUGAAAUGCGCCACAUACCGAUUGAAUUGAGACACUUUCCAAUUCGCCAAAUGAGGCCAAUAGUCGCCCAAGAGCCCAGACAAGAGCAACUGAUUGCUAUGAAUUUCCCAGCACAUAUGUACCAAUCCGAAGACCAAAGCGGUUCCAUGAUGCCACCACCCCCACCCUCUCAAGAAUCCCAAAUGCCAGAACACAGAAUGAACCCACAAAUGAUGGUACCCCAACCUGACCAAAGACCCCAACAGCCUCCACAGGAAAGGCCACGAUCUCCCUUCCAAGGAAUUCCUCUUGAAAUCCGCAGAAUUAUUCAACAAGUUCCUCUUGAAAUCAAGAAUAUCAUUCAACAUAUCACUGGUGAAGCUAGACCUUUCCCAGCGCCGGAAGAAUCUCGUCGUGAGCAAGACGAACAGGAAUUCAAACCAUUCCCAGAAGGUGCUCGUGCCAUUUCCCUGGGACCUUUCCCUCUUCCAAUAGAGGUGAGGAACCUUUUAGAACAUGGAAAUAUUGAAGGCCGAUCUCAACAAGCUGAGAAUUCUGAACAACAGCAACAGGAGGCUAAACCUUUCCCUGGACCAGAGGAUCAAGGAGAAGAAGUCGAAAGAAAUUUCCCAAUUCCGGCUGAAGUUCGCAGCAUUAUUCACCAGGUUGUCGAAGGUCGUGCCUUGCCGGUACCAAGGUUCUCUAUGCCUUUGAGACCAGUAGAGUCAAUGGACAUUCCAGUUCAAGCCAGGACUCAGGUUUCUGAUAAUGAGGGUCAUGAACAACGUGUUGAACAUCAUGAUGAACAGAACAAUCACGAGCAACAGGAACUUCAUCCACAGGGACAUCCUAUUAUGCAACAGCAACCUCAGGAAGAACACAUUCCACAACAAGACCACGAAGGAGAAAAUCGUCCUCAUUAUGUCCAGCCACGUUCCGUGCGUUCUGUUCCUGAACCAUUCAAUACACAGACUCCUGCAAAAAAGAUGCGUCUUUGUGAUUGCAACUGCGCGUGUCCCAGUCAUUAAUUUUUUUUUUUAACUACAAUUCGAGAGAAAGCUAAGAGCAUUAUGAAGUUUUGACAAACGGAAGUUUGUUCAAUUUCCUUCCUAAAAAAAAAAAAUAAGUGUGCAACAUUCCAGUAAUUUUUCAAAGUAUGCUAUUGUUAGUCAUAUAAAACGAGGGAAAAAAAUGUUGAUCCAUAAACUUGGUUUUCACUUCGAAUGUAGAUUUUUUCAGCUUAUUUUGUAUCAAUAAUAAAACAAAAUUAAAGCGUGUGGUUGAUUGUGAGUGGAAAAACGCAAGAAAAGUAAGAUUAAAUUUUAAGUGACGAUUGUACUCGUUUUCACAUAAAGCUAUAUGUAUGAACAUAAAAAAAAACUUAUGCUAAUCGUGCGAUCGAGUAAAAGAGAUUCAGAGAGAUGAAAAAGUGAGAAAACGGCGAAAGAGGCAGAUAAGUGCAAGGCGAGAAAGCUGUGAUUAUUUCCUUCUUAUAUUUUACAACAAAUUUUUUUCUAUAUAUUACCGUGUAUGAAGAUUCUCUAUAGCUGUUUUGAAAAUUUGUAUAUUAACCUGUAGGCAUUCCUAAUGGUUUACAAGAGGUAUCCGCUAACAAGCUUUUAUGUCUUUCUGUCCAAGAAGAAAAAUAAAGGUGUCAAGAAAAAUUAGCAGAAAAAAAAUCGAUAUUCAAUAUUUACAUGUAAUAUUUUUGUAAAUGAUAUAACAAUGUUACUAAACUGUUGCCUGAAACAUACGGCUUGAUACUUGUCUGCAAUGUUUGUUAUAUUUUUCAAGAAAAAUCAGUAUAAUAAAAUGAUGCGUUAUUGGAUAGAAUAAA